AACACCUGCCAAUAUUCUCCAGCACAAAGACGCAGGCCUCAGAACCUCCUCUCAGGCUUACACAGCUUUUUUUGCUCCAGGCCUCCCCAUACUCUGUCCAGGUUAUCAGCGUUUCCUGGCCUCAACUAAGCAAAGGACCUGGCACUGGUUCCAGAACCAUCUUUGAAGGUCUCCCUGGCUUCCUGCUUUUGUGAUGCCUUCCUUCCCUGUGCUGCACUAGUCUUCUGUUGUAUUCUUGCAUUUACAUCAGCCAACUGCUGAGUGAGUAUGGAUAAACUGGCGCAGAUCAUCUCCUUAGGCCAGUUCAUCUACAAACAGUGUGAAGAGAUGAAAUACUGCCAGAAACAGUGUCUGCGUCUGGGGAGCCGUGUGCACAGCCUGCUGCAGCCUCUGAAGAUGCUCCAGGACCAAGGAGAGAGGAAACUGUCCACUGAGAUAAUGGCCGCCCUGAACCAUUUCGAAGCUGCCCUGGAGGAAGCUAAGAGGCAGAUAGAAAAGUUCAGCAGUAAAUCUAAUAUCUGGAAGUUUCUAAAGGCAGGCGGUAACAAGAUACUCUUCAGGGAAGUGAAUGAACAGCUGAGAGACGUCUUCGAGGAGCUCUCACUGCUACUUCAGGCUGAUCAGCUUAUUUUCAGGGUCAGCCAAGGAGCAUCCUGGGCACAGGAAGAUCAGCAGGAUGCAGAGGAAGACAAACAAGUCUUCCAAAGCUUACCCCAAAAAAUGGAAAAUGAAAACAUUAAAGCUUCACUGAGGAGGUUGGAAAUCAACAUGAAGGAAAUCAAGGAAACCUUACGGCAGUUGCUGGGCUCAGACUCAUCAAAACCCAUGCAGAAGAUCCCACAGGACCAAGUCAAGGAGAUUAAGAAGGAACAGCUUUUAGGAUCCCCAUGGAUCCUGCUGAGGGAAGACGAAUUCAGCACACUCUAUAAAGGAGAGUAUCAUAGGUCUCCAGUGGCCAUAAAAGUAUUCAACAAACCCCAGGCCAGAAGCAUUGGAUCGGUGAGGCAUACCUUCAAUAAUGAGAUCAGAACAAUGAAGAAAUUUGAUUCCCCCAACAUCCUGCGUAUAUUUGGGAUUUGCAUUGAUGAAACAGUGAGUCCACCUCAAUUCUCCAUCGUCACGGAGUACUGUGAACUAGGGACCCUGAGGGAGCUGUUGGAUAAAGAGAAGGACCUCACCUUUGGUGUACGCAUCUUCCUAGUCCUGGGGGCAGCCAAAGGCUUGUACAGGCUACACCAUUCGGAAGCACCUGAACUCCAUAGCAAUAUCAGCAGCUCGAGUUUCCUGGUAACUGAGGGCUAUCAAGUGAAGCUUGCAGGAUUUGAAUUGAGUAAAACACAGACUUCCAUCAGUCGGGAAACUAAAGGGAAUAAAGCAGAGAGAGUCAAUUCUACAGCUUAUGUCUCACCUCAGGGACUGGAAAAUGUGUUCCAUAAAUAUGACAUCAAAGCUGAAAUAUACAGCUUUGGAAUCAUCCUCUGGGAAAUUGCCACGGGGAAGAUCCCAUUUGAAGGCCACAACUCUAAGAUGAUUCACCAGCAGGUGGUUGUGGACCGGCAGCAGGAGCCACUGGGUGAAGACUGCCCUUUAGAGCUGCAGGAGAUCAUUGAUGAGUGCAGGGCCUAUGAGCCUUCCAAGAGGCCCUCUGUUAAUGGAAUCUUAGAGAAACUGUCUACCUUUACUUAGUUGUAUCAGAAACCUAAACCAAGGAGUCUCUGGACAAGAAGCACAAACUGGACAUGUCUCUCUCUCAUAUCCUUUGGCAUCAAGCUACUAUGGGUGCAAGGAGGCAGUACUUCUCUAUUACAAAUAGAAACUAUUUGUAAUUCCAGUCAUACAGAGCACAUCCUGCUCCCAGUGGUUUUUCCAAAAAUAUGCUUCUGACUGUACCUGUAGAUGAUCUGCAAAACUUGAUAGAUGAUUUUCUGCCUAUGCCUCUUGACAAUGGGACUUUGCAGCUCCUUUCAUUGAGAACUGGAAAUCUGUUCUGUCUGAAUCCGGGAUGUCACUGUGACUUGAUUCACUCAAUAGAAUGUGGAAGAGGUGACAGUAUGCAAGUUCCAAAAUUAGGCUUCAAGAGGCCUUACAAGUGCUCACUCCCUUUCUUGGAACCCUACUCAGCCAUGAAAUUGGGUUAGCAAGCUGGAUAAUGGGCAACCACAUGGAGCACAGACAAGCUGUCCCUGCUAAGAUCAUAUUAAACCAGCCUGGCAACUGACCCAGUUAUAUGAGUGAGCCCAGGCAAGACCAAAACCACCCAGCUGAGCCCAACCCAGAUUUACCAUUGACAAAAUCAUGAGCUAAAUAAAUUUUUUAUUUCUUAAACCACUAAA